AGCAGCCCUGAAGUGACCCAUAAACAUGUCUUGUGAGAGGAAAGGCCUCUCGGAGCUGCGAUCGGAGCUCUACUUCCUCAUCGCCCGGUUCCUGGAAGAUGGACCCUGUCAGCAGGCGGCUCAGGUGCUGAUCCGCAAGGUGGCCGAGAAGGAGCUGCUGCCCUGCCGCACCGACUGGACCGGGAAGGAGCAUCCCAGGACCUACCAGAAUCUGGUGAAGUAUUACAGACAUUUAGCACCUGAUCACUUGCUGCAAAUAUGUCAUCGGCUAGGACCUCUUCUUGAACAAGAAAUUCCACAAAGCGUUCCUGGAGUACAAACUUUAUUAGGAGCUGGAAGACAGUCCUUGCUACGCACAAAUAAAAGCUGCAAGCAUGUUGUGUGGAAAGGAUCUGCUCUGGCUGCAUUGCAUUGUGGAAGACCACCCGAGUCACCAAUUAACUAUGGUAGCCCACCCAGCAUUGUUGACUCCCAAAAUAAAAAUAAAGAUUUAAACCCAGUUUAGAAAGACUCAGAAAAAAAAAAAAGAAAAAAACUAUGUUUAAGAGAGGAGCCAAGAUGCCCUUCAAGAGAUGAAUGGAUAAAGA